AUGGGGUUCAUAAUGGAAUUUGCGGAGAAUUUGGUGUUGCGAUUGAUGGAGGAUCCAAACGAGAGAGACAGGAAAGCGAGGGAGAGAUUGUACGAGCGGAAGGAGCAGUGCAAGAAGACUCUGGAGAUGCAUCGGUUGCCCCUGCGCCCCUAUGGCUUCUGGACAUUUGAGCGCCACAACGCUCAGAUCUUCUGGGAUGAGCAGAUUAGCAAUGUCCAAGGCCGCCGAUUAUUAUUCCAUGCCUGUGGGAUCAUAUUUGCCAUACUUCUGCCGAUCUGUUUAUCUAUUCUGCGGUUACUAUUCUCUGGACAUUCCAUGAACUGGUUUGCAAAUCCAUUUUUGGCGUUUCUAAUGUUUGUGCCAUGCUCAAUUGUUGGUCUGUUGGUUCCAAGAAUUAUUUGGAAGCAAUUUCCUCUAUCUCAAGAUGUUUUGGUUCUUUCAUUAUCACGGGAGGAAUUGGAUGAUGAAGCAAGGUUCUGGGGAGCAUUUGGGUUCUAUACCCUCUUGACUUUGCAUUACCUUGUAUCGGGGUUGAGUGGGGGUUUCAUCACAUUCUUUGUAUCAGUUUCUAUGCUUCCAGCUUGGAUCUCCUAUCGUCUAUCGGUAAAGACAUUUGGUCAACAAUCUCUCAGGUCUGCAGCAUCAUAUGUGAUCCCUUUGGUACCUUGCCUGAUGUACUCUGUAUACUUUGGUGGAUUUCUUGCUGUCUUUGUCAUCGAAAAAAUGGGCAUGACAGGCUCUCAUCCACCUCCUUAUGGAUAUUUUGUUCCUGAUGCAAUAGUUGCCGCUAUAGUUGGAUUAGUGACAGGCUGGUGUUUUGGCCCUUGUAUACCUGUUAUUGGGAAAUGGUUGGCAAAACCACCAAUUAUCCAAGUUUUGCUGCAUGGAAGUGUUCUUGCGUUGGCUGUAUCAUCACAAUUCUUUCCAUAUAGCAACGAUGCACCAAAAAGGGUCGUUUUUCAGCAUACGAUUCAGACAAUAGAUGCAGAUCAAGUAUCUGGAGUUAGUUUUGAUUUUGCCGUAGUUGACUCCAAUUCCCUGAUGUUUGUUUUCCAUCAUGCACCUGACGCGGCAAAUGCACUGUAUGGUGAUAAAGAAUUAAGUUUUGACACGGUCACUCAAUCAGAUACUCAGAGAUGGACGGGAAUUUUUCCCAUUAAUGCUUUGUUUUCAAGAAGCCUGAAGUUUCCCACAACGAAUGAAGAAAUCUUGAAAGAAUACUCAAAAUUUCCACUUGUGACGUCUCACAUAUCCCCUAGCAUCUCGACUGAGGGAUCUCGGAGAGUCAACUUGGAGUUCUCGUUAGGUUCCUUGAAGGAGGUGUGGGUUGCAGUCCUCAACAUUACAGGACCGUUAUCAAAUUGGUCAUUUGCAAAUAACAUAGUUCCAGCUACUGUUAGAAUUGGCAACGGGCCACCAUCAUACAUUUGCAGACUGAGCGGCACAGGCUACGAGAAUUGGACAUUCUGGUUGGAGGCCAACACAUCGGAACGUCUGAGGCUCGAUGUUGCUGUGGUGGACCUGCAUUUAACCGAGCAAACGACGAAAUUGAAAGGCCUUUUUCCAAGUUGGAUGGAUGUCAUUGCCUUCACAAGUUUCUUGUCUUCCUAUACCUUCUAAUCCCAUGCAUCUUUUUCUUCUUCGCCUAAUUUUUUCCUUACUUUGUGUAUAAUUUACUUGGCUAGUCUCUUUAAUAUGGAUUUACAUACUGAUUGAAAUUUGAAACUAUUUUUCCAGUGAUCAUAAUUGAUUGAUUGAAGAAACAUCUUGGUUGAAA